AUGACUCGCCGUUUUGGGAAGUGCUCUAUCUUGGCUGGUGUCUGUUUAAAUGUGCUGAUUUUGGCGGGCGCAUUAGGCACUGGCUUUUACUUACUCGUAACAGAAUGCACCAAUGAUCUCCAUUACAGCAGCUUAUGCAAACUUGGCGGAGCUCUAAUAUGGAUUGGAACACUAGCCUUCGUAGGACUUGUUUUCUUCGCAAUUUUUGGAUUUAUCAUCGUAAAAAUGGAGAAGGAAAUUGAAGAUCUCAUGACUAAAAAGGAGUUGCCUUCUAACUCAGUUCGAGAGUUAACACUUUCAAAGGCUAGCGUUAGUCCAAGAUCAGGUAGCUUAACCGUUUCGUCUGCAGCAUCAUUUGACGAAAUCAGGCCCAAAUUAGUACCUUUAACUGGAAGAUCCAACAUUCCUCCAAAAGUCCAGGAUUUUGGAAAAGCAGCCACCUUACUUAAGAAACUAAAUCAGGAAUGA